ACGUAGGGGCCAAUCAUUUCGGUUCGGUGCAGAGCCGUUGCCGGGGUGUAAAAUAAACCCGGUACGAAAUUAUUCAAUCGCAGUACACAUUGAUCGAGCAGGAGCAGUAUGUGCGCCUGAACCAUACUACGAAACAUUUGAUUUCAGUCUUUCGCAGAGGUCGGACGGACGGAGUACUUUGGAAAUUUGCUUUCGAUUUUCUUUUUCUUCUACUGGAAUCAGCCCAAAAGAACCCAACGGAAAAAAUGUCGCUAGCGGUGUUGAGAAAAAUUAUACGGCCAUCGUCCUUAAAAUCUCUUCAGUAUCAAGCAUCGCGGUACAUGCAGCAUAAAGGAAAGGUAGCGGAACAAUGCUCGAAUCCGGCCUCCCGUGGUCUCGUGCUAGGCGUGUAUGCCGAUGAGAAUGACCGGUUGGACAUUGGCGUACUAACGCCAACGGCGGCCAAAUACAAUGAGUCAUACACCAGUGGGCGGCUUCUAGAGAUGCUUCGAUUAGCCGGACCGAUGCCUAAGCGGGGUGAGGUGCGGGUCCUGUACAAUCUCGAACCCACUUACUCCGCUGUGGCCGUCUGCGGUCUGGGUAGCGAGUGUCUCGGGUAUGACGAUGUAGAAAAGAUGGACAUUUCGAAGGAAGCAAUACGCAUCGCUGCUGCCCGCGGUUGCCAGGAGCUACAGCAGCUAGAAACGAGCCGUAUCUACGUGGAAGACUUUGGGCAUGCUGAGUCGGCUGCGGAGGGAGCGCACAUGGGACUGUGGGUGAACCAGGAGCUGCGAAGCCCGGACCAGCGGAAGUUUGUCCCACAGCUGCAGCUGUACUACGAGCCCGAGCUGCCCUGCGACUCCAACGGAUGGCGCAUCGGGCUGGCGAAGGCAGAGGCACAGAAUCUUGCCCGCCAGCUGCAGGAAACGCCCUCGAAUUUGAUGACCCCGACAACCUUUGCGCAGAACGUCGUCCAGAUACUGUGCAACUCUGGCGUGAACGUGGAGGUGAAGGUGCGCGGAUGGGCGGAGAAUGAGGAGAUGACCUCCUUCCUGACGGUGGCUAAGGGAUCCUGCGAACCUCCGAUAUUUCUCGAGCUAAGCUACUACGGCACCAACACGAAGGAGCGACCGAUCGUGCUGAUCGGCCAGGGCAACACCUUCGACAGUGGCGGUCUCUGCCUGAAGACGCUGGAGGCUUUGACGGACAUGCGGGCGGAUAUGACGGGUGCGGCAUGUGUCGUGGCCGCCAGCCGGGCGAUUGCCGCACUGAAGCUGCCGGUUAACAUACGCGCCCUGAUUCCACUGUGCGAGAAUAUGCUGGGCUGCAAUGCGAUGAAGCCGGGCGACGUGAUUACGGUCAAGAAUGGGAAGAGCAUCGAGAUCGUGAAGACGAGCAACGAGGCACCGUUGGCGCUGGUGGAUGCGCUUCUGUACGCGGAACACUUUGGACCGAAGUACAUUGUGGACGUGUCCACCAUCUCAAAGGCAACGAUCGAAUCGUUCGGAAAGGUGUGCGCGGCCGUUUUUACCAACUCGGAAGAUCUCUGGCAGCGCAUGCAAAAUGCCAGCAUUCACACGGGCGAUCGUGUGUGGCGCCUGCCGCUGUGGAACUACUACACGCAGCAAAUCUGUUCGGCCGAGCACGUGGAUGUGCAGAACAUUGGCAAGGGCGAGGGGGCGAACAGUUGCAAGGCGGCCGCCUUCUUGCGCGAGUUCCUGCCGUGCGGAAAGUGGAUGCACAUCGAUGCGCUAAACGUGAUGAAAACGAAGGGCACCGACUUUCCGUACAUUCGGCGCGGUAUGGCCGGGCGGCCGACGCGAACGCUGAUCGAGUUCAUCGCCCAGAGCGUUGUGCAGUGCACGGACAGUGGCAGUGGCGGUACCAAAACGGAGUCAGCCCUUUCGAGUCAGCAGAUGCGAUAGGAUUUGAGUAUUUUGUUAAAAGGUGUACGCUAAGAUGCAAAUAAAUUUAUCUUAAAAUAAUA